UGCAGAGUUUGAGAAAAUGUCUUCAGAAAGGACAGGAAGUGUAGUAGGGAGUGAGGUGAUGCCUCUGGACUAUGGGGGUAUGGACUCAGAAAGUAGUCCAUCUCCGUCUUGUUCGGAGAAAACUGUGGAGGGGGUGAGAGGAGAUGAGAUGGUGGAAGUUGGGGGAAGAGAGGUGGUAGAGGUGGGGAGGAAUGAGGGAGGAAGGGUUGAGGUAGAUAGCAUACCCUUCACUGUAGUAGAAGUAGAAGAAACGUACGAGAUCUCUUCUCGGGUAUUAGUUAGGCCAGCUGGGGUAGAGGAGAGGGCGUGCUCUGCUCCUCGGGAUCACUGGAUGCCUGUGUAUUCCCACUAUUUGAUAGCGGGACUCAGGUUUCCACUUCCUGAGUUGCUAAUAGGCUUACUGUUAGAUUACAACAUAGGGUUGACACAGUUGGUUCCCAACGCAAUGAGGGGGGGUAGCAGGAGAGAUAAGGGGUGGUAUUAUUUCACCUCGAGGGUAGCUAAUAAGGAGGGUAGAAUUUUAUUCAUGGCGAGGCCUUCAUCCAUUAAGGGAUGGAAGGAAAAAUUCUUUUUUGUGGAUGACACGGAAUGGGGGAAAGGGGAUGCCGAGGUGAGGGCGUUAGCCUCCUGGAAGGCCAAAAGGGCCAACCAGAAUAAGUUUAGUUUAAAUGAGGAUGAGGAGGAAGAAGUGGGGAGGUUGGUGAGGAAGAGGGGGGAUGUGUUGAAUAUCAUGGACCUCACCAGCGCAGCAUGCAUAGAGGCUGCUGAGCUCUAUGGGCCAAGCGCUCUGAGUGAAGCUAACAUGAAUCAAUUUUUGAAUACUGCUGGAGGGAAGGCCAUCCCCAAGAAGCCAAGGAAGAAGUCAAGGACUUCAACCAAGCAAGUGGAUGAGGGGAGAACUGGGAAGGAGGUAGUGCCUCUGGCUUCAGCUGAGACGGAGGACGAGGUGCCACCGUUGAAGAGGAAGGGUUGGGAGGAAAUGAGGGCAGCAGAGAAGAAAUAGAAGGUGGUGGAGGAGGGAAGGGAGGAUGAGGUUCCCGAGUUCGUACCUUAGCCUCCUCCUGUUGAGCUGAACCCUGAGCUCAGACAGUUGGAGGAGGGGGCUGAGGAAUCUACCUCUAAUUCGAAGAACAUUCAAAGGGGUCAACGCUAUCAACACUAGUACUAGUAAAGUUAUAGAGCCAUUGUAGAAAUCACCUUAACUAAAUGAUGCUACUCCAAGUAGCCAUAAAGAUGACCUAUUGAAAGAACCUAAGAAGGAGGUUCUAAUUCAAGUUCUUUUCCCUCAAGCUCUUAGAACUGGAAAGAUUUCGAACAAUCAAGGUGAGAUUUUAGAACAUUUGAAAUAAGUUAAGAUUAAUCUA